AUCCGUGAUUCGCAAUCUCGAAGCAUCUGGCAAAAUCCAAACAAACUCACCGUGGUGACUUGAUAAACUGAUUGUUUAAUAGUAAAAUCGACGAUUUAAGUACAAAUCAAUUCUGAUUUUGGUCGGAAACAGAUCCUCAAAAUGUCCAGCGACGAAGGGAAGUUCGAUCAGGUUUUGUUCACUCUGGCAGAGCAGCAUCCGGGUGGCGUUCCGGACCUCCUCGCAACAAUCGCCGGUUUCCUGAACCGGAAAACGGAUUUCUACACCGGAGGCGACAAGGGCGAAUGGGAGAAGCUGGUGUUGAAAAUAUUCCGUAAGGAAGCGGAAAUUGCUCAGGAGGUUGCCCGUAAGAAACGUGAGGAACGUGAGGCAGCUGAGCGCAGAAGGGCAGAGGCUCGCCGGAAGAAGGAGGAAGAGGAACGGCUUCAACAGGAACAGCAAUCAGCUGCCAUUACUGAGCUUACCGAUGCCGAGGCGGAGAAAAUGCAGCAGGAAAUUGCUGCCCAAAAGAGCAAGGAGGAAUCCAAACCAGUAACGGAGGCCACCCCAGAUGCUGAUGAGAAAAAGGACGAUGACGAAGAACCAGAGGACAAGGGAAAACUGAAACCCAACCAAGGCAACGGAUGCGAUCUGGAGAAGUACACAUGGACUCAAACGCUUCAGGAGCUGGAACUCCGCGUACCAUUCGAUGUCAAGUUCACGCUGAAGGCCAAGGACGUCGUGGUGAACAUUCAACGAAAAUCGCUCAAGGUUGGCCUCAAAGGACACCCACCGGUCAUUGACGGUGAACUGCAUGCCGAUGUGAAAAUGGAAGAGUCUCUGUGGCAUCUUGACAAGAACACCGUUGUGGUCACUUUGGACAAAAUCAACCAGAUGAAUUGGUGGGACAGAUUGGUCGUGACCGAUCCGCCAAUCAAUACGCGAAAAAUCAAUCCGGAAUCGUCCAAGCUGUCCGAUUUGGAUGGACAGACGCGUGGUAUGGUUGAGAAGAUGAUGUUCGACCAGCGACAGAAGGAGAUGGGACUGCCGACAAGCGAUGAGCAGAAAAAGCAAGAUGUGCUGAAGAAGUUUAUGCAACAACAUCCGGAGAUGGACUUCUCCAAAUGUAAAUUUACAUAAACCUAUAUUGGAUUCUGAUUUACCAAGAAACAAAUAUGUUCUGUAAUAAGUUCGAUACGCUUCCUCUCUUGGUUGGGAGUGCCGUACGCUUAAUAUAAUUUCCAUUAAGAUAUUUUAACCAGUUUUUUUUAAUUAUGCGUUACAUUAAUUCAUGAAUAGAUUAAAAUAAAAAUACUUAAACUAUA